AUGAGCCACCAACGCUAUGCCUCCCACGAUCCUGUCAAGGAACCCCACUCCAUCUCCUUGAAAGUCCUCCGGCUCUCCCGCCCAUCCCUUGUCGCCCAGCACCCCAUACCUCCAAGCGCUGCACCGUCAACAACACCUCGCCAACCACCCGUCCCGGCCUCUCUCGCGUACAGCACAACCCACGAUACCAACCCCUCGCCCUUCCUCCUCAGCCCCAUCCUCAACCUCCCGCCAAGCUUCGGGUCCGCAUACGUGGGCGAGACAUUCAGCUGCACACUAUGCGCCAACCACGAGGCGCCUCCCGCCCCCGACCCGGCAGGCGCCCAGGGGGCCCCACAGCCGCAGACGAAGUACAUCCGCGACGUGCGCAUAGAGGCGGAGAUGAAGACCCCGAACUCGUCAGCCGUCACCAAGCUCGACCUCUCACCCAACACCAGCAACACCACCGCUGCCCCCGCCGAUGACCAGGGCAAGCCCGGGGGCGUGGACCUGGAGCCGGGCCGGACGCUGCAGCGGAUCGUCAACUUCGACCUCAAGGAGGAGGGCAACCACGUCCUGGGCGUGACGGUGUCGUACUACGAGGCGACCGAUACGUCCGGGCGGACGCGCACGUUCCGCAAGCUGUACCAGUUCAUCUGCAAGCCCAGCCUGAUCGUGCGGACCAAGGCGUCGCCGCUUGCCCCCGCGGUGCCCAAGGCAUCAGCGGGCGCACCUCCAACGCCGCCGCCGGAAGGUGUUGGCGAAGAGGUGCCUGCGGGAGGGGAGGAGGGGCUGAGGGGGAGGGGCAAACGGAGGCGAUGGGUCCUCGAGGCGCAGCUGGAGAACUGCUCCGAGGACACGACCGAGCUGGAGCGCGUGGUCCUCCAGCUCGAGCCCGGGCUGUCGUACCGCGACUGCAACUGGGAGGCCGGCGGGUCCCCACGGCCGGUGCUGCACCCGGGGGAGGUGGAGCAGGUGUGCUUCGUGAUCGAGGAGGUGGGGGAGUCGCCGGACGGCGGGCCCAGGGUGGAGGAGCAGGACGGCAAGAUCCUGUUCGGCAUCCUGGGCAUCGGCUGGAGGACCGAGAUGGGCCAGAGGGGCUAUCUUGCUACGAACAAGCUGGGGACCAGGCAUGUCACAUGA